AUCACAUCGAUAUUGAUAUGAAUGGAGUGGUCACACUGAUUUGGAAAACGUAAAUAAAAAACAAAUUGAAUUGAUAAGAAAAAUGGUGUGCGAGAAAUGCGAGGCCAAGCUGUCCAAAGUUUCAGCCCCCAAUCCGUGGAGAACCAGCACAGCUCCUGCGGGAGGACGUAAGAUCAACGAGAACAAGGCUUUAUCCUCGGCCCGCGAACGAUACAAUCCUAUAGGGACUGCCUUACCGCCUUGCCGGAUUUGCCGACAGAAAGUGCACCAGAUGGGAUCCCACUAUUGCCAGGCGUGCGCCUACAAGAAGGCCAUAUGCGCCAUGUGCGGCAAGAAGAUCAUGAACACCAAGAACUACAAGCAGAGCUCAACGUGAUUCAGUUUAUCAAAGGAUUCACUUAAGACUAAACUAGCCAUAGACAACAUAAUAAUUAUAUCGUAUAGUACAACAAA